UUACCGUUCCGUUCUGUCAAAAUAUUUUUCGUUUUUUGGCACUUUGCGACGAUCGCAUUACGUAAAAAGAAACAACAAAAAAAACGCAAAGUGUCACUCUCCUGGCUGGACCCCGAGGCAAAAUUAGCAAACGUUCGAUCAUGCUCCGGCUUACCGUGAAGACCGGCCUGGCCGGUGGAGCCGUCUACUACUCGCGCGAGGAAGGCAUCUGGAACGAAAAUACGGACCAGGUUUACGAGCGCUACGCGACGGCGCUGCAGCCCCAUCUGGCGUCGGUAAAGCAGCAAAUUCCCGUCGAGGUGCCGGCCCUGCCGUCGUCCGGUGAGGUUUGCUUCCUGACCAAACACUACUACAACGAGGGCGUGAAGAGUUCCAUCCGGUUCGUGCACAUGAUGCCCUGCUACCUGGGCCAGUGGACGAAGAAGGCGACGGAUGCGGUCAAGAAGGCGAUGGACGCCGGACCGGCGGAGGUUGCAGCCGUUCCGGCGCCUGCGGCACCGGCCAAGAAGUAGAGCGGAGCCGACGCGCAAACUGGAUGUAUUUAUAAUGUAAUGCUGGCAAACCAAGAUGGUUCAAAUAGAUGCAACAAAUUGAAGAAUUCGA